GGGAUGGGGCAGCCACAGCUUCUCUGGGCACCCUGUGCCAGCGCCUCAGCACCCUCACAGGGAAGAGCUUCUGCAUUAGAGCCAACCUGAGCCUCCCCUGUUUCAGUUCAAACCCAUCACCUUGUCCUGUCGCUGUGGGUCCUGAUGCUCACCGGGUGCAGAGCUGCUGCCAGAGCUGGCUCUGGGCUGGGUGAUGGGACAAGAGGGGUCAGUCCAGGCUCUGCUGCCUGGGAGCGCCGGGGCACCAGGGAGUGUCGGGGGCCUCCCAUGGCAACCAGCACAGCAGAGAGCACUCGGGGCCAUGGCGGAGCAGGACAGAGCGCGGCCUCGCAUCACCUUCUUCCCACCGCCACAGAGCCGGCAGCCUGGGGGGGCCCGCUUUGCAGACUUGGACCUCGAGCAGGACAGUGCCUGGUUCAGGAGCCAGGUGUCCAGCUCCAGCAGCAGCCAUACUCUGCUGCUCCUGCAGAAGAAGGCAAAGCACUUUGAAGAGGCCAAAAGGAAGACGGAGCGUUUCCACGAGCAGCUCCAGCAGCAGUUCGUGAAGCAGCAGGAGCGGAGGCUGGAGCGCAGGAGGAAGGCAACGCAGAGGUUUGAGAAGUCACUGGAAGUGCUGAGCCGCAGGAGCGGGCAGGCGGCGGCCCCUCGGGCUGGGGAUGGAGCAGCACCCUCGGAACACGCAGCUCCCACUGAUGGAAAAGGGACCGAGACAGGCGUCUGGAGAGCUCCUCCUGCAGGCUCCGGCCCGCGGCCUCCCAGCACACAGCAACGCUCAGCUGCUCCGGUAGGAAGCCAAAGCUCGGUCCUGUCCCAGCAAUAAAGCAGCGCGGUCCUUCCCUCUGCUGCUGCUGCCCGUUUGAAACCAAGGGCUGCUGUGGUUAAAGGGCCAUGGGCUGGGGACAGCUCAGGGAGCAGGAGUAAAAUACCUCUUCCAAGGCCUGGUGUCCUUCGAGGGAACAGAACAGGGAUGGGAAAGGGAUAGAGCUUU